ACACACAAUAAUGACUUCCCAAUAUUAGUUCGUGAGAGCGCAAGACUGAAUAGCGGAAGUUUCUCUCUUUCUUUCCAAUCUCGUUCUAACCAAACACUUCCCUCUAGCAAGCAUUCCACCCAGUGAUCAAAGAGGAGAGAGAGAACUCAAAGUAGAGUAAGAUGCUGAGUGCGUCCACUCCGACUCAGAUGCCCCCCAACGGAGAGGACAUUUCUGGUUCUGACAGGGGGUCAGAGGUCAGUGUUCCAACUCCAGCCACAGAGACAGACCGCUUCGGCUUCAUCCUGGUGAAUGGAUCCACUGCCGGGAGUGAAGGCCCUGCUCCUGAGCUCGUUAGACAGAGAGAGACUAAGUGGAUCAACAUCAUCAGCCAAUGGGAUCGUGUCUUACUAAAGAAGUCCAGCAAGGUCAAAGAGCAGUGUCAGAAAGGCAUCCCAGCAUCCCUCAGGGCUAAAUGUUGGCCACUGCUGUGUGGCGCCACAGACAGAAUGCACCGCAACAAGGACCUCUACCAGACUCUGGACUCCAGGCCUGCCCUACAGAGCUGUGUGGACGUUAUCGAGAGAGACUUAGACCGCCAGUUCCCCUUCCAUGAGAUGUUCCUCUCCAGAGAAGGCCAUGGGCAGCGUGGUCUGUUCCGCGUGCUGAAGGCCUUUACUCAGCUGAAGCCUGACGAGGGAUACUGUCAGGCCCAGGGACCUGUAGCAGCUGUACUGCUGAUGAACAUGCCUACUGAGGAGGCAUUCUGGUGCCUGGUACAGAUUAGUGAACAGUACCUCCCUGACUACUACAGCCCCCUUCUGGAGGGGGUUCUCUUUGACGCGGCCAUGCUGACCUGGGUGCUGAAGAAGACGUGUCCCGCAACCCACAAGCAUCUGCAGAGACACGGCGUGGAGCCUCUGAUGUUCGCCACCGAUUGGCUGAUGUGCCUGUUCACACGCCACCUGCCAUUCAACACCCUCCUCCGAGUCUGGGACCUGUUCUUCUGCUACGGAGUGCGUGUGUUGUUCCAGGUGGCGGUUGUGUUGGUGCGCAGGGCUCUGGGCCGGGUGGAGCAGAGGGAGGAGUGUGAGGGCCAGAUGGAGACUCUAGAGAGGCUGAGGGGUGUGAGGGAGCAGGUGCAGCAGGAGGACGAUACCUUCAUCGGAGAGGUGUGUUCUGUCCCUCUUUCGGGUAAGGAUCUGGAGAGGCAGACGGAGAAAGAGCUGGAGAAGUGGAGGAAGGAGCGGCCUGCCUCCACUUUUGAUCCCCGGGGUCGUUGCCACGGAUAUCGGAUGGCGUGGGCGAGGGCUCGAGAGAGGGAGGAGGAGAGGAACAGGAAGGAGAGGGCGAAAGGAAACCUGUCCAUCCCACCGAUUCGCUCGCCCUCCCUCCUCUCUCUGUCUCCCUCGCUCCUCCGCAAGAGGUGGAAGAGAGGGAGCAAAACAGACACAGGGGAGUGGGAGGGGGGAGGCAGAGAGGUGAGGAAGGUUUCAGAGGAGGCGUGGGAGGAGAGAAGCGAGGGAGGGGAUCUGAGGAGAGGAAGUGAGAAGGAUGGUAGUCUAGUGAGGGCUCAGGGUGUUCCACCUCCUGCUACAGAGGACAGGGAACCAGUGGAACUGAGAGAACCGUUAGAACACAAAGAACCAUCAGAACAGGACAGAACCCAAAAGACCCAGAUGACCCCAGAUUCAGCCGGAGUAGCGUCCCAGCAGCGUGAGCUCACCUCUGACCCUCGCGUCACCUCACAGGGCCAGGAGGAGGAGCAGGGUGGUUUCAGCGAGACACAGGCCUCUGAGCAGCACAGCGACAGCCAGUCACAGGAAACUAACCACAGUAAAGGCUCCAUGGAAACACAGGAAAUACUGAGCAAACAGUCAACAGAGAGUGCACGUGUCGUCACAGAGCACAUAGUGACAGAGACAAAGGGUGAGGCAGAGGAACGCAAGGAGACAGAGACACAUGCAGAAGCCAAGACAGAGGAGGAAACAGUGACAGAGAUCCAGAUUCACACAGAAGCCAAGACAGAGGAGGAAGUAGUGACAGAGAUCCAGAUUCACACAGAAGCCAAGACAGAGGAGGAAACAGUGACAGAGAUCCAGAUUCACACAGAAGCCAAGACAGAGGAGGAAGCAGUGACCGAGAUCCAGAUUCACACAGAAGCCAAGACAGAGGAGGAAACAGUGACAGAGAUCCAGAUUCACACAGAAGCCAAGACAGAGGAGGAAACAGUGACAGAGAUCCAGAUUCACACAGAAGCCAAGACAGAGGAGGAAAUGGAGGCUGAGGUACAGAAAGGACAACACACAGAUAAAAGUGUAGGAACAGAGACAGAUAUGGGGUCAAAAACAGAGACUCAAACAUAUGUUAAUGCAGACACUGAGACAGACACUGAGGCCGACACGCAACAAGAGGCAGAUACAAACUUAGAGGCAGAAACAGACAUUGGUUCACUGAGAGAGAGAGACAAAGAGACGAACACAGAGACUGAUACCAACAAGGAGAUAGAGGCACGUACAGAGACACAGUCACACAAAGGGGCAGCAAUGGAGACACACACGGACAAAAAAUCUGAGGCAGAGAGACAAACAGAGGUAGAAACUGAGGUAGAGGCACAUACAGAAACAGAGACACAGGGAGAAAAUGAGUCAGCGAUGCACAUAGAGGCAGACAUAAGAGUAGAGGCAGACUUGGGGUCACAGAUGGAGGCUGAUACACACAUAGAGACAGAGAAAGAGUCAGAGAUAGAGGUAGGGACAGAGACGCGCACAGAGGAAACUACUGACAUAGGGACAGAGGAAACUACUGACACAGGGAUAGAGGAAACCACUGACACAGGGACAGAGGAAGCCACUGACACAGGGACAGAGAGAGCCACUGACACAGGGACAGAGGAAACCACUGACACAGGGAUAGAGGAAACCACUGACACGGGGAUAGAGGAAACCACUGACACAGGGAUAGAGGAAACCACUGACACGGGGAUAGAGGAAGCCACUGACACAGGGACAGAGGAAGCCACUGACACGGGGAUAGAGGAAGCCACUGACACAGGGACAGAGGAAGCCACUGACACAGGGACAGAGGAAACUACUGACACAAACACAGGGACAGAGGAAGCCACUGACACAGGGACAGAGGAAGCCACUGACACAGGGACAGAGGAAACUACUGACACAAACACAGGGACAGAGGAAGCCACUGACACAGGGACAGAGGAAGCCACUGACACAGGGACAGAGGAAACUACUGACACAGGGACAGAGGAAACUACUGACACAGGGACAGAGGAAGCCACUGACACAGGGACAGAGGAAACCACUGACACAGGGACAGAGGAAGCCACUGACACAGGGACAGAGGAAACUACUGACACAGGGACAGAGGAAACCACUGACACAGGGACAGAGGAAACCACUGACACAGGGAUAGAGGAAACCACUGGCACAGGGACAGAGGAAACCACUGACACAGGGACAGAGGAAACCACUGACACAGGGAUAGAGGAAACCACUGACACAGGGAUAGAGGAAACCACUGACACAGGGACAGAGGAAACCACUGGCACAGGGACAGAGGAAACCACUGACACGGGGAUAGAGGAAACCACUGACACAGGGAUAGAGGAAACCACUGACACAGGGAUAGAGGAAACCACUGGCACAGGGACAGAGGAAACCACUGACACGGGGAUAGAGGAAACCACUGACACAGGGAUAGAGGAAACCACUGGCACAGGGACAGAGGAAGCCACUGACACAGGGAUAGAGGAAACCACUGACACAGGGAUAGAGGAAACCACUGACACAGGGAUAGAGGAAACCACUGGCACAGGGACAGAGGAAACCACUGACACGGGGAUAGAGGAAACCACUGACACAGGGAUAGAGGAAACCACUGGCACAGGGACAGAGGAAACCACUGACACAAACACCGGGACAGAGGAAGCCACUGACACAGGGACAGAGGAAACCACUGACACAAACACAGGGACAGAGGAAGCCACUGACACAAACACAGGGAUAGAGGAAACCACUGACACAAGCACAGGGAUAGAGGCGGUCAUAGCGUCCCCAAAUGAAAUUUGGACACACACAGAGACAGCAUCAAAGAUAGAGGUACAAUACACAGAGCCCUCUAGGAUAACACCAGCCAAUCAGAGCCAGGUUUCUCCAGAGUUGACCUCAGGCCAAGACCAAACAGGCCAAGACCAGAAGAUUCCUGAAGAACCCCAGGGUCCAGUCACCAUCCAUCCAGAGGAGAAUCAGGAGACCCAGAACGUCAGAGAGAGUGAAGGAGAGAAAGAAGAGGAAGCAUUAACAUUUCCCUCUCAGGAAGCCUCAACUGACAUUCUUCCACCAUCACAUCAGGGGGAAUCACUGAAAGCUGACCUCCCUCUCAUACCUGGCAACCCAAAGUCUCAAAGUAAGAGUGAAAAGAGCGAGUCUCCACCUCCUGCAGACUCAAAGGCUGGAUCUGGCAACCCAGUAUCCACACACGCGGACGUCUCCUCCCAAAGGACUCAGGCCCGUGAUGGACCUUUGGCAACCACUUCCGGAGACUUCCGGCACUGCAAGUCCUCCAGCUCACGGAAGCUCACUCAGAGGCUCUCUGAUGAUCUCUUCACCGACCCCAACCAAUCACAACCCACUUUCACACACUCUAACCAAUCAAAUGCAGGCCUCAUUCAGUUCGACCAACCACAACCUAACACCACAGCUCCAAUUCAGGUACCAAAACACCCAGAAUCACCACGACAUGUCACAGGGAGCAUCCCAGGCACUGUCCCACCUCAGACUGUGUCCAAACCAGGCAGAGGACCAACCGACACCCCCAGGCGAUUUGGUCUCUUCCGCAGGCUCAAAGGGGAGCAGCCCAAACAGGGCAGGGAGAAAGGGGAACCUAAAGUCCCUGUCCCCAAAAUCCUGAUCCAGGACUUUAGUGACGGGACAGGUGAGGGGCGCACGGUCAGGGGGGAGGAAGAGGAGGAGCUGAGCUCCAGAGAGAGGAGGAGGAGACGGAGGGAACAGGAGAGGAGGGAGAAAGAGGAGGAGAAGUUACGGAAGAAGAGGGAGAAGGAGAUGGAAAAAGAGGAGAAAGAGAGAAAGAGGGAGAGGAGGAAGCCUCAGACGAGAGGGAAGAGUUUUCAGGUGCAACACAGCAAUGUCCCCCUCCCCGGCAACAGCGGCUCACAGACAUUUGGUUCCAAAAGAAACUCUACUCCGUCUAUUUAGACAUACUUUUAACAAGCUAGGAAAGAAAUCAACGUCUAAAAAUAUUUUACAAACCACAAAAAUAAAAAUAAAACAUUUCCUUCAAUUGUAGACUUUUCUGGAAUGUAAAUAAAGCAAUUAUUUUUUCUAA